UUUUUUUUUUUUUUACGUGCAGUGAUGUAAAUUUUUCCAAACCAGCAAAUUCUUUCCAACAUUGUAUAUAAUUGGUGUCUUUAAAUAAGAAAAUAUGAUGCAAUCGGGGAGUACCUUUUGUUUUAGGUAGCUCGUUGUGAACUAAAAAGGUGAAUAAUAUUUUCAAGACUUUUAGAGUUCUUAUUAUAAAAUUUUAUGCAGUUAAUUAAUAUUGGAUGACUUGGGAAAAUUUCCAUAAAGUUUAAUUGGAUUGAAUCCUGAUAUUAGGAACAAUGCCAUGCAGUGCUAUCAAUGUUGUAUAAUGCUGCAUAAAUAUCAUGAUGAAAAUGUACCAGUUUGUAGCGAUAACUCAAUGAAUUAAAUAUAAUUAAAUAAAAUGGUAUUUAAGUAUUUCAGUUAAUUUGAUGUAAGUUAUUGCUCCAGAGUAGCAUUCUAAAUGUAUUGGAUAUUAUUAGUUAUACACUUGUUUUUAAAAAAAUCUUUUCAUUUUGUUUGUCUCUUUUAAUCGUAGUUGGCAACGGUCUUUAUUAGCUGUUCAGGUUGAUUAGACUCGUCUGUGGAUUUUGUGUUUCUUUUUAAAUUUAUGUGAACUGGUGAUGUACAUAUUGUAUUUCCUCAUAUAUUUUUCCCUCUAACUUUUUAACACCAAGUUAAAAAAGUUUUAAAAUAUUUGCAUAAUUUUCCCCUUCUUCAGUGCAUUUAGAGCUCCCAUUAAUUGUAAAAUGGAUUCGUCCACAUAGUGAUCAUUUUCGUCUCCUAACAAAGACGAACCCUCAGAAACUAUGUGCAAAGGUCACGUCAAAUCUUUUUCAUCUGACUGUUGAACUUUAUACCAGCCUAGUGCAAGAACCGGAUCAUCACAGUGAAGCAAACAUGAAAUAACAUUCAGCUUAUGAUAUUGUUGAAUCAACUGCACUUUUACCUUCUCUAUUUAUUUAUGGAUGAUCUGAGGCCUAAGGAGUAGCAGAGACAACAGUAGGAACAGGACACUGUGUGUUUACCUGCAACAAAUGGAUUCGUUUGUUGGCCUUUUUGAUCCUGACAUUCAGGAUGAAACUGGAUCCUAUAUUACAUCUUUUCCUGAUUUUCUGCCACCUGAAGCUGCUGAAGGAAAUGUUGAGUAUAAACUUAAGCUUGUCAAGCCCUCCAAAAGUCGUUUUGAACAUUUGGUUACUCAAAUGAAAUGGAGGUUGAGGGAAGGUCAAGGUGAAGCAAUUUAUGCUAUUGGAGUUGCAGAUGGAGGAACUCUGAUUGGUUUAGGUGAUGAAGAAAUGAAAGAAUCUCUUCAAACUCUGUAUAAGAUGGCAGAGAAACUUGGUGCUGAUGUUACAAGUCUUAGUGAGAGAACCGUUGAAGAUGAAAGGACUGGAGAAAAAAGAACUGUUGCAGAGUUCCUCGUCCGAAAAAUUUCUGAUGAUCAACAUUCAUUGGAACUAAGAGUUGCAGUUCUUGGUAGUUCUGAUGUUGGUAAGAGUACUUUGCUAGGGGUCCUAACUCAAGGAGAGAAAGAUAAUGGACAUGGCAGUGCUCGCCUGAACUUGUUUCGUCACCUUCAUGAAAUUCAAAGUGGUAGGACGAGCAGCAUCAGUCAUGAAAUUUUAGGAUUUGACUCUAAAGGCAGUGCAAUGACAUACAGUACUUGCAGGACAGCUGAAGAAAUCUGUGACAGUUCCAAAAAACUUAUAACAUUUAUUGAUCUAGCUGGUCAUCAGAAAUAUUUGAAGACAACAGUGUUUGGACUAACAGGUCAUUCACCUCAUUUUGCAGUACUGGUAGUAAGUGCGGUUAGUGGGCUUUCUGGCAUUGCAAAAGAGCAUCUUGGUCUAGCCACAGUGGUUGACAUACCAAUUGUUGUUGUCAUAAACAAAAUUGAUCUUGCAACUGCUGUUUGUCUUCAGAGAACUUUAUCUCAGUUGGAAAAUCUUCUUGAAACUCCUAGCUAUCAAAAAGUACCCUUCCAAGUAAAUAAUGAAGAUGAUGCAUUAACUGCUGCAAGCUCAUUUGCUUCUGAUAAAAUAGCUCCAAUUUUCUCAGUUUCUUGUGUUACUGGAAAGGGUUUAGAUUUGCUUUACACAUUUUUAAAUGUAUUGCCACCUACCAUUAAUCAAAAAGAUAGAGAGUACCUCAUGCAACAACCUGCAGAAUUUCAGGUGGAUGAAACUUUUCAUGUUCCAGAUGUUGGAAUAGUCGUAUCUGGAUUAUUAACUAGUGGAGUAAUUCAUGAAGGAGAUAAUUUGCUUGUUGGGCCAUCUGACAGUGGAAAAUUUUCUCCUGCUAAAGUUUUAUCUCUUCAUAGGCACAAAGUUCCAAGUCGAGUAGUUCGAGCAUGCGAAAGUGCAACAUUAGCCCUUUCUAGUCAAACUGAGAUUAGUUUUCGUAAAGGUAUGGUUCUAAUUAGCCAGCAUGUAAGGCCACCAGUAUGUUAUUUUUUCCAGGCGAAGAUACAAGUACUUUUUCAUUCUUCUAAUAUUUGUGCAGGUUUUCAAGCAUCCAUUCACAUAGGAAAUAUACGACAGACUGUUACAAUUCUUGGCAUUAUGGGUAAAUCUAGUCUGUCUCUAAAUGAAACUGCAUCUGUAAUUUUUAAAUUUAUUCAGCGCCCUGAGUGUGUUCAUCCAGGUUCUAAACUCUUACUACGUGUUGGACAAACAAAAGCUAUUGGCCGAGUAACUCAAGUCUUUCUUCUUGGUGAUAAUUUACCCUUAAAAGUUUCACCUAUUUAUCGUAGCUACUAUUAAUAGAAAGUUAUUUUAUCUUCAAUAAUGCUUUAAAAAAUUACAUUUUAUAUAUAUUUUAAUGCUUUUCCCUUUGCCUGUUGUACACUUUAUUAAAAUUAUUCUGUAAAACUAUUAAAACAAUGCUGCUGUGUUCCUGUUUAGAAUGUGUCCUGAGUGAUCACUGAAGACAGCAGCAAAAACCAGAUUUUAUUCUGUUAUACAUGUAUGAAUCAAGUUCACCAGUAUCAGCAAUGCAAGAUAGCUCAAGUAUCUUUUAAAAUUUCAGAAAUGGCUAGAAUAUGAUCAUUUGACAAUCAUAACAUAAAUAUUAAUAACUCAGAUGUCGAAAACGUUUUAAAAUACACUUAGGGUAUCAAAAAGAGGUCCAUUUUCUAAGCCAUUAACUUCAAUCUGAGCAACCAUUGUUGUUCUGCUGUUGUUUUUAACCAACAUUUUCGCAAAUACUUAGUAACUCUCUACAGUGAACCUUGUUGACCAUGCCAUGUCUACCUGUUUUAACGAGAAUCACAAAUUCCUGAGCCUUUUUAUUGCUAAGUACCUGUAAUGUCAUUAACUGAAAUAUUGAAGUUCUUUUAGGAAAAACUAGAUGUAUCAAGUAUCUAGUAGUAUCGAGGUUUUGUACCACCUCCUGCGUAUACUGCGAGCUAGACUGGGUUCAACUUAAUUUAAAAAUCUGCAUGUUCACCUGUAAAAGAAGUAUCGAGAAGCCAUUGAAAGUUUGGAAGUUGUUUAAGUAUUAUAGCUUGUCUUGACAAAUAUCACCAAAUCUUUUAAGCAAGAUCUCUCUAAUUAUAAUGGGGCUAUUUAUAUUUACUACAAUAUAUUUAUAUUUACUCAUUGUAUUAAGCAAUUCAUGUGAUAUCUAUGAUAAAAUAUUUAAUAAUUGAAAGAAUAAUUGUGUAAUUUACAUGGCAUUUUUAUAUAACAAUAUUUUUAUUAUUUACAUCAUUUUGUAAAUAAUGUAAUCGUUUUUCUAUGAAUAUCUGAAUUAAUUGCUCUUAUGAAAGCAAAUGCAAUACUUGUUUAAAAUUAAUGCUUUCUAAUGGGUUGUUGUAAAUAAUGUAAUUGUUUCUAUAAUAAUAUGAAUUAAUUAUUCUUAUGAAAGCAAAUGCAAUACUCGAUUAAAAUUAAUGCUUUCUAAUGUGUUUGCAUUAAGUGCUUAGCUGUGUGCUUUUAGAAAUCGUUUACUUUUCUUUGUAAUUUUAACACUCGUAAGUAGCCUGGAAUUCUCAUUGUAUUAAGAGUAGAAUUCCAAUAAUCAGCGAAUUCCUGUAAUCCAUGGUUAUUUUUGUAUAUAAACAAACAAAAUGUCAAUUUUUAAAAAAUUCAGCAUGAUAAAUUUGGCAAUAUUUUUUUCUUAUAUAAAUAUGCAAAUAAAUUUUGAACAAAAAAUACACUGUUUUUAUAA